AAAAAACAAAAACAAAAAAAAGUAAUACUCGAUUUACAUCAGGUUUUUCUUCUCUCUCUUCUCGAGUCUGCAGCGGUGACGGAGAGGAAGCGAAGCUGGUCUCUGCCUCUGAGAGUUGUUCGAGGGUGCGAUUAAUUGGAGUUAUGGGGAAGCCUAGUUCACGGCAAGACUUGUCGACCAAAGCCGACCGCAAAUUCGAAAAGAAGCUCGAUUUCUAUGCCAAGGUUAGAGAUACAGUUUCUACCUUGACUACCCAGAAGACUAUUGUUAAGAAGAAGAAACCCCGUAGCCGACAGAAGAAACUAAAAGCAUAUGAUCUCUCUGCCCUAACAGAGUUCCUGCCAGAGUUGAAGGGUGAAGAAAAACCAACUCCAUCAAAUUUCAAGCGAAAUUGUAAAUCUGUGCGAAAGCUAAUAUUGAAGGAAGGAAAGCAGUUGACUACAGUUCUUAAUCAUCCUGCCUUCCAGUCGGAUGCCUUAGCUGCCAUUCAUCAACACUUAGAGAGAACACAGCCAGUGAGAGAGGAGGAAAAACCGGAGAAAAGGAAAAACAAAUGUGGAAGCAAGAAGAGGAAAGGUGGAAGCAAGAAGAAAGGACUGAAAUCUGAAGGUUCAUCUGCACCCGAAUCUAUGGAUAUGUGAGUCAAUAGAUAUGUUGAUUCUUGUUUGUCUACCCUGAUGACACAAUUUUGUUCACUCCGUGUCCUGAAUGUUUUAAUGCAAAAAUUUUGAAUGUUCAACUUUUGUUGGUCUCAUUAGUAGAACUUCUCACCGGUCAUGUUCAGUCCCUUCUCAUGCGAUUCGUUUGGUCUGCCUCUGUUAAACUUGCGGUUUACUGACUUGAAGUAAUGGAAAGUGAAAAAAAAAAAAAAAAAAACACGAGGGCGAAAUGAAUCCUUUGGUGUUAUAAGAGG